UUAUAAAUAAUCUUUUUGGUUUCCAGCACUAUGCCUAGUAAGGAUAUCUACUACAGUGACAAGUAUACUGAUGACAAGUUCGAAUACAGACACGUCAUGUUACCAAAGGAUGUGGCUAAACUUGUUCCUACAACUCAUCUCAUGUCAGAGGCAGAGUGGAGAGGUAUUGGAGUUCAACAAAGUCAGGGUUGGAUUCACUACAUGUUCCAUAAACCCGAACCUCACAUCCUCCUCUUCCGUCGACCUCUGCCUGAGAAGUAGAGGAUAUCGUGAUUCUACAUCCGUCCUCCACCCUAAUUUUGAACCUCGCAGGGUACAAUGUACAUCCAAAUCAUAUUGUGAUCCAUGAUACAAACUGCAUUUUUCUUACGCUUAUAUGAAUCUAUAAUUUUUUAUGAAAUAAUAUUUUUAAGAAAAA